CGAAAAUACUGUCUAGGUAGGCCGCUCACUAGGUUUUGCGACCAGCUUGCGUGUGCGCAUGCGCAGUGACUCAUUCUACACUCAGCAUCAUGGCGGCUCCCGUAGACCUCGAGUUGAAGAAGGCUUUUGCAGAGCUGCAGGCUAAAAUGAUCGACACCCAGCAGAAGGUGAAGCUGGCAGAUCUGCAGAUCGAGCAGCUGAGCCGCAUGAAGAAGCACUCCAACCUCACGCAUGCAGAGAUCACAUCGCUCCCUGACAGCACCCGCAUGUAUGAGGGAGCAGGACGCAUGUUCAUUUUACAAUCAAAAAAUGAAAUCACUAAUCAGCUUUUGGAAAAGCAGAAGACAGCAGAUGAGAAGAUCAAGGAGCUUGAGCAAAAGAAGACAUACCUGGAACGCAGCGUUAAAGAUGCGGAGGACAACAUCAGAGAGAUGCUGAUGUCCAGAAGGGCCCAGUAAAACACGUUCACGCGCAAAGAAAACGUUUUCCAUCACCUUUGUACACCGUGCCCUCAGUUUGCUUUUGCGUGUACGCGAGAAUACUUGUGACUGCUGAGCUAGCGGGAGUCAUUCGUCAGCUGAACACAGGAAGUUUAUUUAGGUUAAUAGUUAAAAAUGAAUGUACUGUUGACCGUCUGUCUAAUACUGACUCGUGUGAUUUUUGACACCUGAGUAUUGUGUAAGUUUUUUUUUAAGUUAUUGUUUUUUUUUCUAUGGUUUUGUAAUGAGACAAAACAUUUUUAUGUAAGCAGGUGUUAGCAUGGUAAUAAAGGUGACUGUUUAAAGACAAA